AACCACACUUUUUUGUGCACAAUAAAAUCUAACAUAGUCCGCUAACACUUCUGAAAACAAGGAAUCUCGACAAUGCCGAAACUCGAACGUUUGAAAAAUUGCAAAUUUUGCAAUGUGUCUCUCAGCAGCAAAGUGUGGAACCAACACGAAAGCGGCCAACACCACCGAAACAACAUACCGGCCGAAAUUUUUGUUCGUGGGACCUUUACAAACGAAGAGAUCGGCCAAGUCCACACAUAUUUUAAAAAAUUUGGCGCAAUCAUCGAGCAAAAAGUCGUUAUUUUGAACAAGGAAAACAAUACUGUUUUGUUUACAUAUGCUUUCAAAAAUGGAAUGUCGCAUUCUUAUAUUGUGCAUAAAGAGCACUCAGUUUGUGGCAAGGGUGUGGUGGUUUUUUUCAACCCGGUUUUAUCGAAUGGGGCGGCGGAAGAAACGGCGACAAGUAAGAGCUGCAACGGUAAUAAAAUUUUGUCGCCUGGAGAUGUGGAAGAAACAACGGAAACUAAUAGCUGCAAUAACCCACUUAGAAUUCUUCUCUCUAGUCUGAGCCACGCACUUCGUGGCCAAAAGUGCCCUUUCGCCGAACAGAUCGCAAUUUUUGAAAAUAUAGUACAUAGUAGCAGUUCCAAGGUGAAAGAAGCGCGCCAAAGCGUUCACAAAGAUGUAGCAGCUGCACUUAGUACCACUGGCCCCAAUUGUAGAACUACUCUUUUUGGAUCUACAGAGAUUGGUUUAAAUUUGACAAACAGUAGCCUCGAUUUUCACGUACAUAACACAAAAACGAUCAACCGGCUACCAACUUUACAAAAAAUGACUACAAUGCUGUCAUGCAAUGGCAAAUUUACAGUCGUCAAAAGUAGUACUGAAAACGGCAUAGAAAUGAUAAUUUGUAAGCACGUUAAAACAGGAAUAUUGUGCCGUGUGAGUGCAAAUCAAACACUGCGCAGAAGCGACGAGUUAAUUAAGUAUUACGCAGGUCUGGAUAAAAAGAUCAAACAGCUGAUGCUAUUGGUUAAAUUUUGGUGUAACUGUCAUUACGUCGUUGGACCCGACAGAUUUUCCAAUUACGCGUUGUAUUUAUUGAUUAUUUUUUUCUUGCAACAAGAUCCAUAUAACCUUCCCAGUGUACUAGACUUGGGUGUUUGUGUGCGGUGGGAGCCGCAAAUCGGGUGGAAAUGUACCUUUUCCCGACCCGAAGUUACCAGUCAAACUCUAAAAAACGCCACAAUUCUAGAACUUGUCACUAAAUUCUUCCAAUUCUACUCCCGUUUUGAUUACUUUUCGUACGUGAUUGCGCCAUUUUGUGGCCAGCUGAUCACCAAAGAAAGUUUUAUCAAACCGUAUGAGCUUCCAUCUUGUUACUCUAACUAUAUGUGUCAAGAUGGUUGUAUCGAUGUAGGUCACGGUAUUUGUGUACAAGACCCCUUUGAACACUCAGUCAAUCUUUUAUCCAAAGCUUCGCUCACUUACUCAGGGAAUUUCAUUGCUUGGUGUCGCACCGUUUCAAACUUCAGUCAAACAAAAUCAGGUUUACUUUCAAAGGUACUUCUCAACACGAGUCCAAAGUGCUUCACUCUAGAAAAACCAAGCAGAUUCAGUGAAGACCAAUGGAAAACGACUAUCGAGAAAGUCACCGUUGACAUCCUACAUAAGAUUCUUUGUUACGAAGUAAGCGUAAAACGAACUCCCUCAGAAAUUGCUUUUACCUGUGCAGGCACUCACGAUCUUUGGCAAAAUAGAUCCACAGCUCUAAAAACCCUGUUACCAAAGUUAUCACCAAACGCUACCGAUAUGGAAAAAGAGAUUGCCGUUACGGCGCUAAUUUUGAGCCAAAACCCAGGCGUAGUCAAAGACUAUAAACGCCCUGCUCGGAUUACCGUCACGUUUGACAAAAAAUCAAAGGCUCACUUCACGCGGCUACGAAUGAACAACCACAAACAGCACUUCGAUAAUUUUCUUUACUUGAAAAUUAUCAAAUAUUUGGAUGAAGCGGAUAAGCAAAGCGCGGUUUUUGCGUCGCCAGACACCACGCAAGAUAUCGAUGUAAAACCCGACGUAACGAGCCCCGAGUUAGCAAAUAUCGUACCAAAAGGUGAAUCCACUCAUAGCAACACGGAAAAUGUUAUAAUCAAAGAAGAAAAUUCUUCAAGAAAUACAGAAAUCAAAGCCGAAAACGUCAGCGACGACGAAGUUGAAGACGUCCCGGCAGAUUUUUUCCAGGACUUUAACAGGGACAGUUUUUUGGAGGGUUUAGAUCUCGGCUGGGUUUCUGAUGAAGAUAAUGCGGCCUCUGAAAAGAGAAAACGUGCUUUUUGUUCCAGUGACGACUCCCAGGAUUCUACCAACUCAUGUCGUCCUAAAAAGAGGAGGCGCUCUGGAGAAAACGUUCCACUAACUUUAAUUCAAGAGCAAAAGGACAAAAUACUUUCUCAAUGCGAACAAGUCCUCAGAGUCAUGACUUAUCAACGACCGAAACGACGAACACAACAGUUCGCUUCUCAAGGUCACAUGUCGCCCUUAUUUAGAACAAACAUAAGGUUUAAUUGUACGUCGGCUUCGAGAACUCAGUUCUCCGACUGUCUUCUCACUAUUCUUCGUUCCGUGGGUAUUAUAGGUGAAUCAAACGAUGUUUCAGAUGUGAUAGAUUUGGUCACUGAGGACGUGGCCUCUGGUGCUGUGAUGAAUAAGACUCUCAUAGCUAGGCUUUUACAGAUCUCGCUAUUAAUUUCUAAGCCUAGUGAAAAAAAAGUUGUAGAUGGCGCGGUACAGUCUACAAGUGAUGAUAACGGUGAUUUUUGAAAAUAACUCCAGAUUGUGACAUUUAA